AUGCACGCCCGCGACGCCUCGGGACGCCGAGUCUCCCUUCUGAACGACGACUCGCAACAUGAGUCGAUGCCCCGGCGGAUAUCCUACCGCGCCGCAAGCCAUAUCAUCUCACAGCCAUAUCCCCCAAUUUCAACAAAAAGCUCUUCCUCGUCGCCAAAUACUCCGCAACUGCUCCGGUCAGACUCAUACGACUCUCAGAUGAGCAAUGAGUCAAUAACGCCCCUCACCCCCAUCUACGACUACACCAUGAUGUAUGCCGCAGGACAGGAUGCCCACUCGCCGUUUGAGGAGUACAUGGUCGACCCAUCCUCUUACGCAGCAGCAGGUGCCAGGCGCCCCAGCGCUCUCAGCAACAGCCGAUCUUCAUCCUACGAAGACGACACAGGACUCAACCCAUCCGCCGCGAAAGCGACAUCGGAGCGCUCUGGGAAACGUUACCCGUGUCGGUAUCGUGACACUCAUGGCUGUGAGAAGACCUUCACCACCUCGGGCCACGCGUCGCGCCAUUCCAAGAUCCACACGGCCGAGAAGGCUGUGCCGUGCACCCAUCCAGGAUGCACCAAGAAGUUCACUCGCGCCGAUAACAUGAAGCAGCACCUGGAGACGCACUACAAGGACAAGGCGCGUUCAUCUUCUUCGCGGUCCUCGCUUUCUUCCUCCGAGCGACGCUCCUCGGCAUCUGGAAAGUCUUCAUCCUCGAGCCGCAAGGCUGCUGCCGCCGCCGCCCAUGCCCAACAAAACCCCCCGCUCCCAUCUCCGGGAGAUGCUUGGGAUAUGCGCGGCCUGAAUAUCCCGCUCUUAGGUUCACGGCAGAGCGUGUCGAGCACGCCGAGCAGCGGCCUGGAUGCCCUGGCUAUGGCUGUUGCAUGCCAGGAGGGAGCUUGA